UCGAGAUUCAACAGUUGUUUUUCAUCUGCCGUGCGUGUCGGGACGCCACUGGAAGCUCGGUGCUUAGUUCCAUAGUUCCAGUUCGGGUUGGUGGCUUGAUAAUUUCCAGUGACUGCUGUUGAGCAAAUGGGAAGUUUCAAGUGGAUUAUAAUUUUUUGUGCAUUUUGAAGUGGACUUGUAGUGGACAUUUUCUUCUUUGGUUUGCUGUACCAUAUCAGUAAAAUAUUGAUAAGAGCACGAUGAGUGGAUCUGGUAAAGGAUUACUUGGAUUAUGGCUGUACCACAGUGGCGAACAGGAGUGGACCGUUAAGGAAGGCAGCCCGUUGCACAAGCGGAAGGAAUUUGCUCAAGGCAAGUCGGUAGACUGCAGCAAUGGAAACGAUCACAGGGCCGACAAAACAUCCAUCAUUUUCACACUCAAAAAUCAAGUCGGUGGAUUGGCCCGGGCUCUACAGGUUUUCCAGGAGCUGGGAAUCAACGUGCUGCACGUGGAACUGAACAGAACGGGCGAUCUUUGCGAGCAGGCCGAUGUUCUGGUCGACAUUGAGUGCGAUGCAAACAAACUGGACCAGGUGUUGCGCUUGCUGAAACGUGAGGUACAAUCGGUAAACUAUGCUGCGCCGGUGGCAAACGAUGGACCUCCACCGACUCCACUGUCCGCUUGUGGGAGUUUUGAUUUCGGAGAGAUGCACUGGUUCCCGAGGAAAAUAUCCGAUCUCGAUCGGGCACAGAAUGUGCUGAUGUACGGAAGCGCAUUGGACGCAGACCAUCCCGGAUUCAAGGAUCCAGUUUACCGCAAGCGAAGGGAGCAAUUUGCUGCCAUAGCCAACUCGUACAAAUAUGGCAACCCAAUCCCGAGGGUUCAGUAUACGGCGGAAGAGAUCAGAACAUGGGGAACCGUCUUUCGUGAGUUACACAAACUUUAUCUCAAGCAUGCAGUUCCCGAGUACAUGGAAAAUUGGCCGGAGCUGGUGAAAUACUGCGGCUACCGGGAGGACAAUCUUCCCCAGCUGCAAGACAUCAAUGUGUUUCUCAAGCGGAAGACUGGCUUCCAAAUACGACCGGUGGCUGGCUAUCUUUCUCCAAGAGAUUUUCUCUCCGGACUGGCAUUCCGAGUUUUUCACUGCACCCAGUAUAUUCGACAUGCCUCCGAUCCAUUCUACACACCGGAACCCGAUUGCUGUCAUGAGCUGCUAGGUCACAUGCCGCUGCUGGCCAACCCUAGUUUUGCUCAGUUCUCACAGGAGCUUGGUCUGGCUUCGUUGGGUGCUACCGAGGAUGAUAUCAAUAAAUUAGCCACGUUGUACUUUUUCACGGUUGAGUUCGGACUGUGCCGGCAGAAGGACGGUAGCUUCAAGGUGUUCGGAGCGGGACUGCUCUCGUCGGUAGCCGAACUCAAUCAUGCCAUCACCACCACGGACAAGAUCAAACGGUUCGAUCCGGAAGUGACCUGCAGAGAAGAGUGUAUUAUUACUGCCUACCAGAAUGCAUAUUACUACACGGACUCGUUCGAAGAAGCCAAGGAAAAGAUGAGGGCAUUCGCCGAAACCAUUCAGCGACCCUUCGGCGUCCGCUACAAUCCGUACACCCAGACGGUGGAGGUCCUCAGCAAUGCUAAAAAGAUCACUGCUCUGGUCAGUGAGCUUCGUGGAGAUUUGAGCAUUGUGUCGGCGGCUUUGAAGAAGGUCUCCGCCCUCGAUGAGAAUCUGGACGUGGAGUCGAUCGAGAAGCUGCUUUCGGCGAAAUUGAAUGUCACCGAUAAAAGUCCUAACUCGGAAAGCUCCGACUCGACCGAUAAGGCAUAGUAAGGUUAGAAUUGUCGAUACUUUUACAAACGGACCAAUAUGAGCAAGAUGACUUAAAGUAAAUCAGCGUGUGUACUAUCAAUCAGAUUCCAUUAUUGAACCAGUUUCAAAUUAUUGUGAAUGUUUAAAGAAUAAAUAUCUUGAUGUUGCAAA